AAUAACAAUUGAAAUUCAAUCUCAAUACCAAUCCCAAUCCCAAAAAAUAAUACGUGUAUUCGAUAAUACCAAAUAUAGACAAAUUCGGUAUGGUAUUCCAUAUAUCCAAAUACUGGUACCAAACUUCUAGCGCUAAUCACAAUACAUGAAAUCAAAUUAAAAGAAAGAAAUAUCUUCAUACAGGACAGAUAAAACAAAUGGAAAGGAAUGCACAAGGAAGGUUUUUUCUUGCCUUUCAGUAUCAGCAAAACAAUAGAACGAUAUGAGAAGAAGCAAAAGGACAGUGAACCUGGGAGAAAGGGCGUUGAAGACAGCAUACAGGUACUCGGCGAUGGAUCGGGAUUCAGCUGGCCACAGAUUUUCGGAUUUUCAUCACCGCAGGUCGGCAUCCUUUCACUUCAAGACUGUCAGUGGGAGCAGAACUUUCGUCAUUGAGGAUUAUGUUUCAAGCAGGAAGAUGUUUGUGAGGAUUUCGGCAGAAGAGUCUGGUCGGCGUAGGAGACUGGUUUACUUGGAAACUUCCCAGGCUGUGUGACUUGGUAAAACCUUGAGAGAAAUAUCGCAGAAGGGAUGGGACCCAAAAACUAAUUGUCAGAGGAAAGAACCUUCUCGGGUUAUCUUUGUAGACAGAUUUGCGAGCCGUAUAGGGAGUUUUCUUAAAAUUUUGGAAAGGCUUUCGUGUGGGAGAUUGCACUUCUUCUGCAUCCCGUUCGUUCCAAAAGAAUGGGGAGGAUUGAUUGGUAGGCUCUGUCGACCGACUUUCAAGGUUUCACCAAGGAAUCAUAUUCAGCGGAAUGCUUGGGUGGUUCACGGUCGAUCCUUUGCUGAUGCUGUCAAGUAGAGAUUUCCUAUGGAGAUGGGGGAAAGCGCCAUCAAAGCCCACAAUUCUCUGACCUUCAUGGAGUUUGAGGAGAAGGGUGUACAAGAUAGAUUGUGUUUCCUUGGCCGGUGCCUAACGAUCAGUUUCUAUAAUAAUAGGAACCAGGGACUUCCAUCGGCCCUGUCCGAAUGGUUCGUAAAUUGGGAUAGAAGGCGAUGGAGUUUGUCAGAACAACCAGUCUUCUCCAAUAGGGUUGGGGAUCUUUGGUAUCUAGUUAGCUCUUCUCUUCCAGAAGCUAUGAGGAUCCAAGAAGAUGGUCAUGCAAAAUUUCGGGAAUGGAAUGUCAUUGUGCGGUAAGGAUGGCAAUGGGUCGGGUUGGGUUCGGAUAGUGCAUAUUCGUUAUCCUACCCAAAGUAGUUCAGGUUUUACCCAUACCCAUACUCACAUAAGAAACGGGUAGAAAAUCAAAACCAUGCCCAUACCCGUUUGGGUUUCGGGUAUCCACGGUUAUCCAUGGGUAAUAAUUUUUCUUCAUAACUCCAACCAAUAUGUUAACAUUCUCGCAUAUUCUCACCUUAUGUAAGAGGAAAAAUACAACAAUAAUUCACUAGAAUGAAGAAAAUUAAUUAAAAUAAUACAAUUUCAUGAAAAUACAAUAUUUACAUGCUAAAUAUUAAAUAUGUUAGAGACAAAUAAUGAUUAUUUUUAGACAAAAUAUAUAUGAAUGUGUAUAAUCGGGCGGAUUCGGGCGGAUAUCCACUAUUACGGAUAUUUUUGCCAUCCCUAUUCUGCGGUAUUGGACGGAAGUUGACGGGCGUAGCUUCGCCUCGCCGGGCGUAGCUUCGCCUCGCCUCGCCGGGCGUAGCUUCGCCUCGCCGGGCGGGUUGCAGUUGCUUAUGAUCUUUGGAAUAUCCCCUUUUCUUCGAUCGAUGGAUAGUCUCAAGAAUAUCGGCCAGAUGUGUGGACUUUUCAUUGAGGCUGAUCUCAGUGCCUAGUCUGACCCGUGCUUCCGCAUUAAAGUUCGGCCAAGAAACGUUUUGCCUGAAU